AUGGACGAGGUGCUUUUUGGCAUUGCAGAUAAAGUGAAGAACUUUGCAGUUGUGUACGUCGUUGAUAUUACAGAAGUGCCAGACUUUAAUAAAAUGUACGAGUUGUACGACCCAUGUACUCUAAUGUUCUUUUAUCGUAACAAGCAUAUCAUGAUUGAUUUAGGAACGGGUAACAACAACAAAAUUAACUGGCCGCUUGAAGACAAGCAAGAGAUGAUUGAUAUCAUAGAGACUGUAUUUCGUGGAGCACGAAAGGGGCGAGGUCUAGUAGUAUCACCAAAAGAUUACUCAACGAAGUAUCGUUAUUAA